AUACAGACUGCUUCUAGAAACACUUGUGAAAGAAUGGGUCGCACUCAGGAGCUCAGUGAAUUCAAGCGUGGUACCGUGAUAGGUUGCCACCUGUGCAAUAAGUCCAUCCGUGAACUUUCCUUGCUACUAAAUAUUCCACAGUCAACUGUUAGUGGUAUUAUAACAAAGUGGAAGUAACUGGGAACAACAGCAACUCAGCCACCAAGUGAGUGGGGUCAGCGCAUUUUGAAGCGCACAGUGCGCAGAAGUCGCCAAUUGUCUGCAGAGUCAAUAGCUAAAGACCCUCUAACUCCGUGUGGCCUUCAUAAUAGCACAACAGUGUGUAGAGAGCUUCAUGGAAUGGGUUUCCAUGGC